AUGUCCCACAUUCAAAUAAUUGAUCAAUAAUCGAAUAGCACGGAUCACUCCUUUGAAAAUCUGUCUGAUCAAAAUUCUGAAGAGUCCUUCGAAAUUGUCUAAAGAAAACUGAGAAUCAAAAAAUGCUAUUAAGAGGAGGAACCACUGAAAAAGAAGAAGGACCUUUGUCGAAAUUACUAAAUGAAUGGUUGUUGCAAAUAUGGAGAUCAAUGUUUUUUUAUUCAUACCCCCGCAAAAACUGAAAGCACUCUCUAUUCCUCAACCUCCACAAAGACCAAGCCUUGUAAACGCUAUUUUAGUGGUUUCUGUGGUUUUGGACCUAAAUGUUAGUUUUUACAUCAUGAAUGUAUUGACCUUGUAGAAUAGAGGGAAUUCGUAGAAAAGUAAUUUAAAGAUUUAAAACUAAUGGUUCCUCUGCACCCAAAAAAAUUAGAUUAAUCUAUUAGGUUUGAUUUAUAAAGAUUUCACCAUCUUUACAAAAUUUUUGGAAGGAAACUUAACUUCAAAAGAGAUGAUUUGGUUAUGAAUAAUUGCAAAAGUCGAUUAAAAAUAUUUAUAUCAAUUUGUAGGAAGUAGGAUCGAUUUGAAUAAUUGUUAAUGUCUAAUAACACAAGUAGAAAGGAGAGUGAGCAAUGCUGAAUACUUAUAGUUAUUUUAUAAUUAACCCUAAUUAUUUU